AUGGCAGCAUCGCAGCAGGGCAUCGCCAUUGUGGAGCCAGCUGGUGUGGACAUGCAGCUAGUGAUGGGCCCUUCCAAGUUCCUCGUGGCCGCUAUUUCCGCCCUUGCUCUCUCCGGUGGCGUCGAGGGAAGCAGGCAUAGGCGCCGUAACGGUGGCGGCUGUAGCCCCAAGCCUAUCGAGACCACGGUCACGGAUGUUGUUGAGCCUACCGCGACUUCGGUCACGGACAUCUUUGAGCCUACCGAGACGUCUAUCACGGACAUUAUCGAAACCACCAUCACAGACGUCGUUGAGCCCACGGAGACUUCUAUCACGGACAUUGUUGAGACGAUCGAAACCUCUAUCACAGACGCUCUUGAGCCUACCGAGACUUCAGUGACGGACAUUAUCGAGACUGCUGAAACCACCGUCACAGACGUCGUUGAGCCUACGGAGACUUCGGUGACGGACAUCUUCGAACCUACUGAAACAACCAUCACGGAUAUUGUUGAGCCUACCGAGACCACCGCCACUGACACCUUGGAGCCCGUCGAGACCAUCGAGACCACUGUCACCGAGAUUGUCAUCCCCAUCGAGACCGUCGCCACCGACAUUGAAACAACCGAGACUUCCGUCACCGAGAUCAUUGAGCCGACUCCUACUCCCACCACCAGCAUCCCUGAUGAGGAAUCUACGACGUCUAUUGAGGUCCCGGUCUGCACCGACGCCUUUGAAAACCCCAAUAGCGACCCCAAUUCCGUCACCGCCCCCGAUGGCAGUAAAUACGCUCUCAUCACCGCCAACCAGUAUAGCAGCGCGUCCGUUCAGCAGAUACCCGCUUUCCUCGACGCCCAGUCCACCUACAAGCUCACCUUCCAGUGGGCUUACGGCCAGCAGCAAAGCGACGUAGCUGGAUGUUAUUUCGGCGUCAUUGCUGGCGGCGAUGAGCUGGGCGAGGUCCAGCUCACAACCGGUACUGUCGGCGCUUUCACCAAGGUCACCUAUACUUUUACACCGAUUGCCGACCUGAUUGGGUUCGCCGAGCCAAACCCCACCGCCGCCAAAGAUGCGAGCUCGGCUGCCAAGCCUCAAGCUCCGACGACCGCUUCACCCAACGACGACGAGCUAGAGGAGGGCGAGGAGGAAGAUGAGGGCGGUAUCAUUGUGGAGGACGAGGACGAGGAUUCGGACGUCGACUUCAUCAUCGAAAACAAGGAUGGCGAGAAGGCGGCCCCUCCCCAGCAAUCCCGCUACAGCGACAUCAAGAACAUUCCUCAGCGCACCACCUCUGGCGAGAUCGCCUCGAAACCCGCGCCGGCGAAGAACGACCAAAAGCCUCUCCCAGUGCCCCUAGCCGACCAGGCAGCGGCAGCGGCGAGGAGCUCCAAGAUCAACAUUAACGCUGCCCCGGUCUACCCCCGGCCGGCAAGCCCAUCACCCAGGUCAACAUUGACAAUGUCACUAACUUCCUCGGCGCCCCGCGCUCAACCAGAUCUCCCCGAAAACGACAAGCCUUGGCGAAAGCCCGGUACCGAUCUCAGCGACUACUUCAACUACGGCUUCGACGAGUUCACGUGGGCCCUCUACGCCUCGAAGCAGGAGUCCGUCCGCGCCGAGUACAACCCCGACCUCGUUGCCGCCAGCAACAAGAAGAUGAUGGAAGACUUCAACAACAUGAUGAUGAUGGGCGGCAUGGGUAUGCCCGGCGGUCCUGGAGCCGGAGGCGCCGGCGGCGGUAUGGGAGGAAUGCCCGGCAUGGAUGGCAUGACCCCGAGAUGCAGCAGAUGA